AUGGUGCUUUCGGAAGAGAAUAAUUGGGAAGAAAAAUUGUCACAUUUGCCGUCAUACCAAAAAUAUAAAACAUUAGAUAACGUAAUUAUAAAUGGUAAUAGUAAUCCAUACUGUAUAAAGGACUUAGGGACAAGUGAAGAAGAGGAUAUAAAGCUUUGUAAUAAGAUAGCAAAAAAUUUAAAAUCAUUAAAGGAUGAACUCGACAAAGAGGUAAAGAAACGUGGUUGCCAUUACUUUAGACACUGGUUCCAAGACCAGAUAAGUAAAAAAUAUUAUAAUAGAGAGAAUGUAUCUAAUAAUAACCCAGUUGCUGGGAAACUUUUUGAUUUUGUUUCAUUAGCUAGUACAAGUUUAAUGAACGAACCAGGAUGCAAUGGAAACACACAUGCAUAUCCGAAAGAUUGGAAAGAAGAAAAGGAUUUACACGAUUAUUUUGAAAAUUAUAAAUAUAUCAAAUGUGAUAAUUUUGAUAAAGUUACGUGCGAAAAAUAUGUAAAUUAUGUUGAUUAUAUUUACCAUAUAUAUAAAGAGAAUUUUAAAAGGUGUUGUGAAGAAGAUGACCCUUUUGGAUCAACAUGUGAUCCAUAUUUUAAAUGUGAAAAUAUGUACAAACCUGGAGAUUUAUUAACUAAAUUAAAAAGCCAACUUGAGUUAAUAAGUAAUAAUGGGGAAGAAGCAAGAGAAAAUUUAGAUGUCAGGGAAAAGGCAACAUCUUUGAGUUUACAAUUAAGCGCGACCGGUGAGUAUGAAGGUCAAAUUCCAGAAGUUACAAAAGAUGGUGCAUCAUUAGCCAUUACUGAUACUCCGAGUGCUAUAGAAGGAAUGUAUGAAAAUUCAGAUUUUAACAUGUUUAGUAAUAUCAUCCUAACAGCUUCAGUUCUUGGAGCAAUUCUAUUCAUUUCCUAUUAUUAUAGAGUAAUUAAAAAUUCGGUUUUACAGUAUGAAAAUUCUACUCGAAGAGGAUUAAAAUUACAUAGUAGUAAAGGAGAAAAAAAAAUUGAAAAUAACUUGUAUGAUAAUAGUGAAGAAGAUUUAUCAAAUUAUGAUUCAGAAGAUAUAUACAUGGAUUCUAAAAUAAGGAGAUUAAAAGUUUCUUAUAAUCCUGUACAGAAAGCUUAUCGCUAA